UUGCAUGGCCGAAACGUCUUGUUUCCUUUAUUAUCUCUCUUUGUAUAUUUCCGCUUCUGAAAACAACUUCGUCUAACUAAGUAACUUUGGAAACUUAUCAAAUAAUAUUACUUUGGCAUGAAAUAAAGAAACUGUAAUGCAUGGCGACAGCAGUGGAAUCAGCUCCUUUAGUGGAACGAGCUGUUCCUACUAUUAGAUUUGCUGACGACAGCAUAGACUUGAACGUACCAGAACCAGAUAGUCCUCGAAGUACUUUAAGUGGGAACAGUUUCAAUUCCUAUUUUCCCGAAUUCAUACGUUCUCUUUCUAUUGGCAGUGAUCAAGAUUCUGAUUUUGAUGAGCUAGAUGGACUGCCAGAUGUUGAAUUUCCAGAAUGCCAUGGAUUCGAUGUCACAGAUGGUGACGAACAUGCAGUGUCAAAGGAAAUACCAUUUAAAGAUGUCCAUACACCAUCUGUUCCAUUUGGAGGUAUCCGAAGAAACUGUUGGAUUCCGGGAGUACCAAUCCAAAUAAAGAUAACAUCAUAUGAAAGACAUCAAGCUCAUAUCAAAAUCUUCAGCCCUUAUUUGUACACUAUAGCUAUUAAACAUGGAGAAUUUGAAUGGACAAUUCGUCGAAGAUACAAACAUUUUACACAUCUUCAUCAGCAACUUCAACUGUACAAAGCCAAGUGUAGUCUGCCAAUGCCGACAAAAUCUCAGAGAAGAAGGAGACAAAGUGUUAAAGGAACCAGAAAUAAAAUUCCAAGAUUUCCAAAGAAACCAGAGAUUAUGGCAAGGGAUAUGGAUAAAAGAAAGAACUAUUUAGAAGAUUAUUUACAGAACCUUGUGAAUAUAAACGUCUACAGAAAUCAUCAUGAAACAUUAAAGUUUUUAGAAGUAAGUCAGCUGUCAUUUGUUAAAAAGCUGGGUAAGAAAUGGCGAGAGGGAGCUAUCAGGAAGUGUUCUGGUGGACGAAGGAUCAGUAUAGGCUGUUGUGGAUGUCUGAAAAAAUUCCACUUCGCUGGAAACUGGAAGAAAAGAUGGUUAGUUGUCAAAGACUCCUUCGUUGCUUACAUCCGUCCAAGAGAUGGUUUUGUAUGUGAUGUCAUGCUGAUGGACACAGAUUUUAAAAUUGACAUAGGAAUGGGUGCAACUGGUGCUCCACAUGGUUUAAUGAUUAGUAAUUUAUCAAGGAAUUUAUUAGCUAAAUGUUGGACAAGUAGAAAAGCUGAGGAAUGGAAAGCUAGUAUAGAAACAGCUGUAUCUACUGGGAUGGGGAGUGACUACACACAGAAAAACAGAUUUAAUUCAUUUGCACCUGUAAGAGAAAAGUCAUAUGCUAAGUGGUUUAUUGAUGGUAGUUCAUACUUUAGUGCUGUAGCAGAAGCCUUAGAGAGUGCCAAAGAGGAAAUAUUUAUCACUGACUGGUGGUUGAGUCCUGAAAUUUACUUAAAGCGUCACACUAUGGAUUGGAAUAGAUGGAGACUAGACAAAGUUUUGGAGAGAAAAGCUAAAGAAGGAGUAAAAAUAUUUAUUUUAUUGUACAAAGAAAUGUCAGUGGCACUAAAUAUCAGUAGUAUCUACAGCAAACAUAUUUUAUCAAAGGCAUGUCCAGAAAAUAUUAAAAUAUUACGACAUCCUGAUCAUGGUGCUGGUGGUGUUUUACUGUGGGCUCAUCAUGAGAAAAUUGUAUGUGUGGAUCAAAAAGUAGCAUUCCUAGGUGGCAUUGACCUUUGUUAUGGUCGAUGGGAUGAUGCACAACACAAAUUAACAGAUUUAGGUUGUGUUAUUUAUGACCAUGUCCCUCCUGUACAGUUAAAUGGCCAAGCUGUAACCAGUGAGGAUGAUAAUGAAGGCAUAACUAUAUGUGUAACACCACCUAGUCCAAAUCGUCAUAAAGAUUUAUUUACUCCAGACGAGCCUAAAUCUUUGCCAAAUCAAACAGAUAAUCAGGAAUCUUGUGUGUGUUCAGGACACAGAGCAGAAAGUCCUCACGGCUAUGCUUAUACAAAUGAUACUGAGGAAAGUACUGUGGGAAUCAAUCAGGAAGAUGCUUAUAAACAUUCAGACUCUGUCAUUCCAAAUAUAUUAGAAAUAGAUGUGCCUUCAGGUAAUUGUGAUAAUAAUACAAACAAAGUUGAGGGAGGAGAUGAUGGGACCACGAUUGUUAAUCAACAGGAAGUGUCUGUGAUAGUUCAUGAAGUCAGUUCUCAACAGCCUGAUGACAAUGAAAAGAUGAGAAAUAUUGUCAAUUAUAUGCAAAAUCAAGCUCUUGCUUCUAAAGCUAAGGCUUUAAUACAGAAAAAUGCUCAAAUUACUUCUAACUGCUCAAAAGUUCAGGAAGACAAAACCCCCCAAAGUGUACAAAAGGAGGGUGAAAAGAUUCAUUUGAUAAGACAAGAUGAAAUCACAGAAGAUACGUCAACAGCUGACGGCAUACAAAGGACCAAGUCAGCAAAAGAAUUUAGGAUAGAAUUAGAGAAUAAUAAGAAACAAAAACUGAAAAAUAAAUCUACUGAGAAUAAAAAAGACGAAGGCAGAAAGAGUAAAACAAAGUCUAAAAUCAGUGAACAUGGAAUAAUUGAAAAAGGAUUCAAAAAGUUAGAAGAGGAUAUGCCUGUUUUCAUUGAUCCUAAUGAGCAGCCAUCAAAGAAGAUUAGAAAUGAUUCUGGAGAGAUGCAAAUGAGAAAAAAAUCACCCUCGCCUAUGGAGGUAAAGGAAACUUCAACAAAAGUUACAGCAUCUAGAGAAAGUUGGGCGAGACGGAAGUUACGAGCCUCCAUAACAAAAAGUCAAAGCAAGGAAGACAACAAUAAUAAAGAUACAUCUCAUGAUGGUGAGGAAGAAAUGGAUGAACACAUUCGUAAACGCUGGCGUUUAGUUCUAAAUGUACAAAAAUUUCAAUCAACACUACAACAACCUCAAAAGAUAGCUGGAUUUCCAGAAUCAAAGAAACAACCUUUAUCAUCUAAGAUAUCAUCUAAAAUUAAAGAUAGAAUUAGACACGAUAGAAAAGACAGUUUAGAUGGGAUUAAAGAAGAACUGGAUUAUUUAGAUACACCUGCUAUCCUACAUAAAACUAAUAGUGAAAUGAAAAUAGAUGAGUUAGGACUGGUUGGAUCUAGUAAGAUGUGGAUUGGAAAAGACUAUGUCAACUUUAUUUACAAAGAUUUUGUAGAUUUACAUGAUCCAUUUGAAGAUUUUAUUGACAGAACACAAACUCCCAGAAUGCCUUGGCAUGAUAUAGGUGGAGUUGUUUAUGGGAAAGCAGCAAGAGAUGUUGCCAGACAUUUUAUAGGGCGCUGGAAUAUGACGAAGGUAGAGAAGGCAAAAAACAAUCGUAAUUAUCCUUUACUGGUACCAAAAGGAUACACUCCACAUAACCUGGUUCCCCAGGUAAUUAGGGACCAGUGUGAUGAAGUUAAAUCACAGAUACUUAGAAGUGCUGGUGGUUGGUCAUGUGGUAUACAGAGACGGGAGACGUCAAUACAAACAGCAUAUUUACAUUGUAUAGAAAGUGCCAAACAUUAUAUCUACAUUGAGAAUCAAUUCUUCAUCACAUAUAUAGGGGACCAUGCAGUUGUAAAGAAUGAAAUAGGUGAAGCUUUGUUCAAAAGGAUUGUCAGAGCUCAUAGGAACAACGAAACAUUCCGUAUAUAUGUUGUUAUGCCAUUAUUGCCUGCCUUUGAAGGAGAAAUAGGAAAAUCUGGUGCCUAUGCUAUUAAAGCUAUCACACAUUAUAACUACACAUCUAUAUGCAAAGGACCACAGUCACUGUGGAACAAUUUAGGGAAAGAAGGUAUAGAACCAUUAAAUUACAUUACAUUCUGUGGGUUAAGGACACACACUGAGCUCAAUGGCAAAUUGAUCUCAGAAUUAGUGUAUGUUCAUAGUAAACUUAUGAUUGUUGAUGAUGACACUGUUAUUUUGGGAUCGGCAAAUAUCAAUGACAGAAGCAUGCUGGGAGAUCGAGAUAGUGAAAUUGCUGUGAUGUUUCAGGACAUCCAUAAACACAAAGUUAGAAUGAAUGGAGUCGAACAUAUGGCAGGCAAAUUUGCAUCUUCCAUGAGAAAAAAUUUGUUCAGGGAACAUCUAGGGAUAGAUCCGUUAGACAACACUAUAGAUUUAUCUGAUCCUGUCAGUGAUGUGUUCUACAAAAACUUCUAUCUUAGUGUGGCAACAGUGAACACUGGGAUAUAUGAAAAGGUGUUCCGAUGUCUACCUAACAAUCAGGUGCUAUCAUUCAACGAAGCAGAUGCAUACAUGCAAGAGAAGUCAAUGGCAGAGACAGAUCCAGCUACUGCACAUAAAGAAUUAAAAAGAAUACGUGGCAAUCUUGUCUUAAUGCCACUUAAAUUCUUAGACAACGAAAGCAGUAUCAUUCCAUUUGGCGGUAGAGAAGCACUUUUACCAGUUUCAGUAUGGGUUUGAUCAUGAUGAUUGGGAAUAUUAUAAACUGUAGAUAUGAUAUGAUGAUUUUUAUUGUAAUGAAAUUAAAUGGCAUAUUUGUUACAUUAGUUGUAAGGAAAAACAUGUGGAGUAAUGACAACUCACUUUAGUCAGUUUCUUAAAUAAGUAUUUUGAUUAUUAACUUAAUUGAAGUAGAUUGUAUGGAUUAUGAAAUAUAUCAUGAAUAACAUUGUUCUUUCAAUUAAGAAAAUUGAGUAACUUCAUUAGAAUGGAACUAUAAAAGGUAUUAGAGUAUCAGUUAUGAUGUACAUGUAUUACAUGCAUUUAUUCAUUAUUUGAUGCAUUUCAACUACUGAUAUUCAGAAUUAUUUUUGUUGAUGAAAAACUAAACAUGUAUUAGUAAUAUAUAGAAUUAUCAUAUUUUAAUGAAUUUCAUUCUCCACAAUUAAUUCCCAGUGAUAUGUUUUUUUUGUAAAUUGGUUUUAUUUUAUAUUAUUUACAUUUGAUUAUGUCCUGAUAUCAAUUGAAGUCAUAUAUUUCAGCAGUGUUGAUGUUUUGGGGAAAUUCUUUGUCAUAUAGCAUCACCAUUUUCAUAAAUCAAAGCGUCUUUAUACCACCCACUGGCAAAGAUGGGCUAUAUAUUGAUUGAAUGUUCAUAUGUCUGUUUUUCACUCUGCGUUUCCUACUCACCUUUCAAGGUAAAUCAGUGACUUGACAUAAAGAAAAAUUCACAGAUUGUCGAGUUCAUGAUGUUGUUGGAUAAUUCCUUUUUUAUCUAUUUGACAAAAUAUCAGAAUAAAAUGCAGGUUUCCCACAAAGAUAACUACGUAUUCUUUAAUAUCAUGCCACAUUUUUCCAUAUUGCUCAUUGAAUCUCCAAUCCAAUAAUAGAUUACACUGUAACAGUGUUUUCAUUUUUGAUUAAUAUAAAUUUGUUUUUUUUGUUAACUGCAUUGGAAAUAUAGUAUAAUUAUAUAGUCAUGGACUUACCUCGAAUCCAUUGUGCUUUGAGCAAAUGAAAUAUUUGACUGAACCAAGAAUUAGGGGCAUUACUUACAAAAGUGUUCAUAGGAAGAUGUGUAUAUUUUAAUAGUGACUGUUAACAAUGAUUCCCUAGAUAAUAAUGUCAUCACCAUUUGCCUUCAUUGGUCUCAGUCACAUGACGGUGGAUAGAUAUAGUCACAUGACGGUGGAUAGAUAUUUGUCUUAUUUAUUAUUAGUUUCUUCACGAAUUAUUGUUGAAAAGAUAUGUAUGUAUAUAAACAGAGUCAUAUUUAUUUUUAUACAAUCAUGUACAUUGAUGCAAGCAUCUCAUAUUGUUGAAGUUAAGAUUACAUAUGGUAUAUUUAUAUGUUGGUAUUUUUUUUAUCAGAUUUUAGAUAAGAAGGUAGACUUAAAGUGUGAAAACUGCUCAAUACACACCAAUUGCAUCGUUAUAGUUUAAAUUAUUUAGAAAGUGAUGGCUUAAAUAUAAGGUUAUUGAGAUCUUCUAGAAAUAUUGGUAUUAAUUUACUGACUAAAUAAUGGUUCUAAAAUACCUCUCCAUUUUUUGUGCGGUUUGGUUGCUUUCCCAAUAAUGUAUACCAAUAAUCUCCUUUCACUCAUAUUAAUGGAAGCUGUUUUUAAAGAAACUAAGGGUUUAUGAUCGAAAACGAUUUUUACACUUUAUUUGUACCAUGCUUUUACGAAAGGUAAUACAAAAAACUAAUAAGCCAUAGAGCUUGAUUUAAAAGUAGCAUUCUGUUUCAUUCUUGCCAUGAAAUGAAUUGACUUUUUAUUCCAAUUUUUAUAUAAAGAUUAAUUAAAAUGAUUAAGUAAAUAUUUUAUGUCUGUUUAAACACUUUCUAGAACUAUAUAGCAUUGCAUACUAGUUUAUGUUAUUUGAUCAUACUAGUCUUGUAUUAGUAUAUUUGUGUAUGAUAAAUGACAAUUUUUACACCAAUUCAUUUCUAAAUACUAAUCAGUAGUCAUAAAAUUCUCCUGGUCAAAUACAAAUUUGUCUUCUUUAUUUUAUGCAUUUGGCUAUUUUUAAUUUGCGCUUUUUAUUAUUGUUCAUUUCAGUCUAUAUGCAACCAAUUUUAAACUGUAUAUUGCUACGCCUUUUAUAUUUAUUUAUGUCUUACAUCAAAGUGCAUUGUUUUCAUUUUUUCGUCGGGUGCUCUGGCUUCCUCCACUAAUAAAAACUAGCUACCAAGAUAUAACCAAUAGUGCUGAAAGUAGCAUAAACACCAACAAUCAAUCAAAAUCUGUAAAAAGUAAUGUUAACUACUGUAAAGUCAGAAAUUAUUGCGAGGUUUUUAUUAACACGAAUAUUACGACUGGGUGAGUAUUACAAUAAUAAGAACUCGCAAUCUGAUGUCAGAUACAUAUAACUGUAUGCAGAUGAUAUUGAAAUCACAAUAAUUAAUCUUUUUUUCCUUUCGUCAAAAUUCCGAUGAUAAAUGAUGCAAUAAUUUCUGAAUUUACUGUAUGCUAUUCUGAUUGAAUUAUUUACACAUUGAGAAGGCAAGUACUUUCAAUAUCAGCUAGUCCCAAGGUUCUGAUGCAUUGUCAUGAUCAAUUGAUAGAAUACUAUACAAAUAAUAUGUGAUGAUCAUGAAAGAAGAGAUCACUGGAUUUUUACAGCUUUUGACCACAUAUAGUCCCUGGUCACAUAGACAAACAUACCAUAUAGUUUUACCAAUGUUUGUUGUUUUGUCAUUUAGAAUUACAAUAGUUGUAAAGAGUUUUAUUAUCAUGUUUAUAGUUUUAUUAUUUAGUUGUAAAAUAAUUAGUUGCAAAUAUAGUUUGGGUUUUACUUGGUUGACAUUGCCGUCCAUGAAAAUGAAAAAAAUUAUGCAAUACAUGAUUUCUAAUAUAGAUCAUUUCAACAUGGAGGAUGACAAAGUAGUAAAGGACAUUUUUCUACGUAUCUGUCUAGAUUUCCCACAGGCGAAAUAAGGAAAUAGAAAGACACUUAAUUUUUCCUUCAUUUAUUUGAGAAACACAAGUUCUUUUAAUUUGUUCUUUUAAACUUAUUUUUUUGUUUCUUUGAUUUUAUGUUCCCUAAAUAAAAUUCCUUGAUCCAUCCCUGUAUAGUAUAUAAAAAUGAUUAGUCCUUCAACAAUGAGUAAAACACAAACUGUAUAGAUAGCUAUAACAGGCCCACACAUGACAAGAAAGAACUCUUUUAAAACUAUAGUAUAAGGUUUUUAGGAGUUUGAUGUAGGAUAUUGUAUUUAUAUUUGAGUAAUUUAUUAUUAUUGUCAUACUUGUAUUAUAUUUUUAGUAAGCUUAUCAGUCAUCCUAAACAGGGUAAACUGUAAUCUGCUUGUAAUGAGAUUAUUUUGCUUUUAUGCUUGAAAAAUUAUUUUAUAAUGAUAUAUUCUAUUUAAAUAGUUGUUAUAGUAUUAGAAAAUUCUUAUUUGGCUAAAUGAUCUAAGUUAAUGUAGUUUUAAUUAUUAGAUGUUUUGUAUUUUGAUUUAGCUUUGCUUUUGUAAGAUAAUUUUUAUAAUUGUUGAUGUUUUGACAUUUGAUUUACCACAUGAGUUAUUUAAAAACAAAAUCAUAUAUGAUCAGAUUGAAUUUGAUUUGGAAAAGUUUAUAGAUGUAUAUGCUAGGCUUUCUCAUUGACAAAGUGAAAUACCAAGUUUUGCACAUAUAUAGACUAUUCCAAAAUGGUGAUUGUCUUGCCUGCUAUGGUAGAUAUUUGAGCAUACUGUUUCUUGUGUCUGGCAUCAGCAAUUGAUAAAGUUUGACAAGGUUACACAUUAUGUGUAAACAUUUUAUAAUUUUAAUAAGCCCAUUUCUAAGCAAAAAUUUGAAAAUCAGUCCUUCUUACACAAUGUCCAUCUUCCUUCUGACUACUUUUGAAAUUCAGCAAACUGAAUACAAAAAUUUACAAAAGCUUUUAUUAACAAAAGAACACACAAAAAAAUCAUUUUAGAUGGAAUGUUAGUCAAUGGAUAAUGUAAAUACCUUGUUGUAUAUUUAUUCAUGACAGUUUCAACUAUUAAGGUGGCUCAUUAAAUGGAUGUCUUCAAUACUGAUAAUGACGUUAUUUGUUAUGCUGUAAUUUUCUGCAGAUUUUUUGUUGUUGCUGUUUUUAUCAAUUGUUACAUUCAAAUCUUUUUGAAUUUUAAUUGAAAAAGACAAUAGUACACUUACAAAUGUCUUCUUUUUUAUUUAUUUCCAUGUUGACUUUCAAUGCAGUUUUACUAAUUCAAAGUACUGCAUGACUAUAUCUGCAAUAAAGGGAUUUCUCAAUGUUAAAUAAUUUGUCUCAUUGAUAAAAGAAAUCCUCUUAUUUGGUCAUGUGCUUAGUAGAAUGGAAUUAUGAUAAAUGAACUUUCAAGGCUGUUGGAAGUUACAAAAUAAAUACUGAGAAGUUACAAAAUAAAUAUUGGGAAGUUACAAAAUAAAUAAUGAUUCUCGAUCUCAUAAUUUGAUAUUGUCUUUUACAGUACCGAAAUGUAUAUCUCUUAGUCAAAUCUCUCUUUUAUUGAUCUUGAAACAUUUGAGGGUUUUUAAAGAUUGUGUGAUUAACAUUCACUAUUUAAUUAUAAUUUUCCCAAAUAAAAAAAUGGGUCAUUUGAUAACCAAUUUUAGAUGAAACUUACUUAGUGGGUUUCAUAUUAGGAUAGUUUUGAACAAAUUGGCUGAAAAAACUGAUAAAUUUAUGUUGCAUGAUCAAUUAUAAUGAGUUUUUAUUAUUCCGAAGAUUGUCAAGUUGUUGACUCUUAUAUUGUGAAAAUGUUAAUCUGAACAUUUUGACCUGUAAUAACUGUACUGUUAUGCAAUGUUUAUAUUGACAUGCACUGACUGUAGACUUAUUCAGUGUUCUAUAGAAUAUUAAAUGACAAAUUGAUAUUGAUAUGUACAUUGUAAUAUUUAAAAUAUUGAUACCAAGAAAAGUUCUAUUGUAAUCAUUUAAUGAUAGCAUUAAGUCUAGUGGUCAAAUGUUUACAUGUUCCUCUACCAACUCUUAUCUAAAGAAAAGAUUUCAAUGUUAGAAAACCAUCUGAAAUGCAUGUCAGCAACCUUUUGAUUUUUCAAAUUACAAAUCUCAUAUCUUUAAUUUUACAUAUUUCAGUAAAUAUGGAUAAAUAAAAAAUGUAAGGCUAAUUGAUCUUUUUUUGUGGUGCUUUAAGCAACUUUGGUUUUUAUGCAAAUUAUGUUUAAAUUUAAUUUAAUAAAAAGACCUACAAAGAACAAUGACUUUUCUACCAAGGAUAAAUUUGAUUAAAUGUCAACUCAUAUCCAAAAUCCUUGACAGAACUAUUCAUUUCUGUGGCCUAAGCAUGUACUGUAGAUUCAGAAAUGUUUGCAAUGUUUUUAUUAUUUGGAAAAAAAUGACAGGAAAGGUUUCACAAAAAUAAAAAUUCACAUUGUUAAUUUAAGAAGCAUUCAUUGUAUGCAGCAUUUCCUGGAAUUUAAUAAUUAAUCUCUCACAUUUAUGAUCCUUGUUCAAUGAUAUCUAUAAUAAAUGCAUGUAAAGAUUUCUGAAUUUACAGUAAUUUUAAGCAUUCCAUUUUAUUCUUAUUGUAAUUUCCUCCUACAAUUCCUUAUAGUAAACAUUCCAUUAUGGCUGUAUUGUUCCUUGUUUUAAUCCUAUUGAUUAAUAUUGUCAAUUGUUUCUUUGUAUUUUUACAAUGAUCUCAUCUGAUUUCUAUACAACAUAUCAUGAUAAUAAACAGAGAACAUUAAACAUUUCAUUCAGUU